AUGGCUAGACUUGAAGGAAUGCGAAUGUUUCUUGCACUUGUAGCCUAUAGAGAUUUUAAGGUAUUCCAAAUGGAUGUCAAAUUAGGAUUUUUAAAUGGAAACCUUGAAGAGGAGGUUUACAUAAAGCAACCAGAUGGAUUUAAGCUAUGUGAAGAUACUACAAUGGUUUGUAAACUGAGAAGAGCAUUGUAUGUGGUCAAUGUAGAUGAUAUCAUCUUUGGUGUACACAAGAAUGAGCUAUGUAAGGAGUUAGCUAACAGGAUGGAGAAGGAGUUUGAGAUGUCCACGCUUGGAGAAGUGGCAUUCUUUCUUGGUUUACAGGUGAAGCAACUGAAAUCAGCUGUUUGUAUGGUUGCUAGGUUUCAAUCAAGUCCCAAGGAGACUCAUGUUGUUGCUGUAAAGAGAAUUCUCAAAUAUUUGAAAGGAAGUAUGGAGCAUGGCCUUUGGUAUCCUCGAAAGAAGAAUUUUGAGCUGACAGCCUACUCAAAUGCUAAUUGGGAAGGCUGUGUUGAUGACCGGAAGAGCUCAAGUGGAGGAGCAUUUUAUCUUGGAGAAAGUCUAGUUGCUUGA